AUGUCUGAAUUCGUGGGUCCAUUAGUCGGUGUUGUGGAGCACUCGACAAAUUAUGUCCGCUUUUCAGUGUUUGUGUCCCAAAGCGGACAAAUGAUUACAUAUUACCAGUUGGAGGUGAACAAGAUAUUGCCCCGGGAGGGCUGGAUAGAGCAGGACCCUGUUCAAAUCUACGAGACUGUGCUCCAGUGCAUAGAAGUGGUCACAUAUAAGUUGUCGCAAUUGGACAUUGGUUUGGAGCAAAUCAAAUGCGUGGGCAUUACUAAUGAACGCGAGUCCACUGUGGUCUGGGAUAAAGUAACAGGACAGCCAUUCUAUAACUGCAUCGUAUGGCUGGACAACCGGACCAACGAUUUGGUGGAGAAGAUCAUCGACGACCUGCCCGGCCGUGACAUCAAUUGGCUCAAGAAUAAGACAGGUCUGCCGAUUAGCACCUACUUCUCGGCGCCCAAACUCCGGUGGCUCAUCGACAACGAGCCCACCAUAGCUCAGGCCAUUAAAGAGGAACGCCUACUGUUCGGUACAAUCGACACAUGGCUUCUGUGGAAACUGACGGGUCAUCACAUGACGGAUGUGACAAACGCCAGUCGGACACUCCUGAUGGACAUCGAGACGUGCGAAUGGGACCCCUAUUUGUUGGACUUUUUUCAGAUACCGGCCUCCAUUUUACCGCACAUUAAGUCCUCUUCAGACUUUUUUGGCACUUUGAAUGUCACAGAUCUUAAGGGAUUACCCGUUACAGGUGUUAUAUCGGAUCAGAGCGCAGCACUGGUAGGUCAGAAGUGCUUCGGUGUGGGCGAGACUAAGGUCACGUGCGGCACCGGGUGUCAUAUAAUCCAGAACAUAGGUCCCGGGCCCAUUCACGGAGCGCUGGAAGGGGUGCCCAAUGAGGCCAAACAUAAUCUGUUGAUUACAAUAGCGUUCAAAUUGGGCGCAAAUCCCACGUAUUAUGCGCUGGAGGGCAGUGCCGCCAUCGCCGGUGCGGCCAUCACUUGGCUUCGGGAUAAUCUUGAAGUAAUCAAACACUACGGAGAUGUGGAAAGUAUAGCACAAAUGGAGGAGAACUGUGGGGGCGUCUACUUUGUGCCCGCCUUUCAAGGUAUGCAU